UAAAAAUAUAAAAUUCUGAUUUUAUAUUAUAAAAUAUGAAACCUAAUAAUUUUAACAUUAGUUCAUUCAUAUCGUCUUUUAACCAAUAGAUAUAAAAAUGACAAGUUUAAAAACAUUAUAAUUAAUUACUGCAAUAUUUAGUAUUAAAGGCAAUUCAUUUUAAUUUAGAUUAACAAACAUGGAGAGAACUCCAUGUGAAACAUAUGGAUUUCAAAAACUAAUACAAAUACCAUUCGUAGUUUCAAUAGUAUCUACAAUUGACAGUUCAUUAACUAUUAGUCCGGCUCUUUUAAAUCAGUUCUUGACACUCAUUUCCUCUCAGUCAUCAGUGUUCAGCUAAUAAUACAAAUUUGAUUCCUACUACAACUUUUAACAACAAAUUAUUAGGUACAACUAGUAAUUCACAAGCACGUGCAUCAGUUUCUACACCAUAUACUAUAUCUGGUACACCAUACUGUAAUCCCAAGUCAUUUGUCCCUACCAUACUGUGCUCAAAUUAAGUUCCUUCAUCUGUGUUACUUCCUGAAGUAAAAUCCAACGUUACAGUUUCCGCUCCUGUGUCUUACACAUCUACUGAUUAUAGAACAUUCAUUUUAAAUUUAUUAUCAUCAAUGUACUCCAAAGUAACUCCAAGUAGUGUAACUGUUCCUGGUACAAAUUCGCAAACUACCCAAAUAUUAAUUCCAAGCCAAACAACGCUUAAAACACAAUGUUUACUACCAAAUAAUAAUGAAGCUAUAUUAAAAUUAUUGUCACCAUUGUUAUCUGAUGGAUCUUCAUUAAAUUCGGCAUCUCCUCCUAAUACUAAUAAGGGACCAUCAUCACUAUUAACACCUUGUUUACCAUCAACUCACUAUUUACAUAAUUCGUUGCCUUCAGCCUGCCUUACAUAUUCUUCAACGUCUGCCAAAGUUUCACCAUUGAAUUCAAAGUCAAAACUUGAUAUAUCAAAAUGUAAAAAUCAAAAGAAUAGUGAAUUAAAUAUUUUAAAUGAAGCUUCUAAUCAAUAUUAUCAACCAUUAUCAUCCUUUACAACGUUACUUUCAAAGCCAUAUGACGCUUUAAAUAUUAAUAUAGCAUAUUCGAACCCAAUAAAUUUACCGGAAUUCUCAAAUUCUGAAAAUGUUUCGUGUUCAGUAAUAUCUUCUGAGAAGUCAACUACUACUUCUAUUUCAGACCCAUGUACAGAUUCUGCUAUUUCAUCAACUUCACAACCUUGGAAAAUUAUUGAGAAAUGCAUUAAUUCGUUAUCAAAUACUACACCACCAACAAUGUCAAAUUCAGCACAGUUUAUUAAUUCAAUAGCCACUCAAAAAAACUAUAAGAAUUCUUUGGAAUCAUUUAAUGUUACUCCUUCAUUUGAAAAUCAACUUUCAUCAAUUUUUAGUUUGAAAAUUCCCUACGACCAUGACUAAAAAAUACCUUGUUAUAUAAUUAGUUAUGUUCACAUAUAUUAAAUAAUUUAAUUAUUCAUUUUUAUUUUUUUGUUAUAACAUAAAAAUAUUAUUCAUAUUGCGUAAAAAUAUAUAAAUUAAUCUUAUACCUACUAUGCAUUUCAUUAACUUUCCUUAAAUUGCGUUCCCUUCUGUCCCCUACAUGAUAGUGAAGUUCUAUCUGUUUUUCCCUAUCUUUUCUUUGAUUAUCCUGCCUUAAUUAACGACAGAAAUACACUACUUAGCCUCUUAGCGACUCACAAUAUUAAGCCAUCUUCCGUAGCUAAUAUUCUUAAUUCCCGUUUCCCCGUUAAAAAUAUUUCCAUCAUAUCUUUCCUGAAGAGUUCCGACUUUGUCAUU